ACGAUACGUAACGGGUCAAAACCGACAAGGAAUUGACACAUAUUUAAAGCUUAAAACACUAAGAAACCCACACUUAAAAGCUAAUAUUACCAAUACAUUUGAACUUGGAAGUAACCCCAAAAGCGAAACUAAAUUAGGGCCACAAGGCAAUCAAAUUAAGGCUUGUAAGCAACAACAAUCCACCAUAUUUCAUCAUCUUCAAAUCCUCUGACCCUUUACUUUCUUCUGUUCAUCCGCCGUCUCGUCUUCGGAGAUCCUCACCGGAGAAGCCGCCGCCCGCCGUCCGUCAUGUCGUCCAACUCUGGUCAUUUCUGGAGCUUCACAAUCCUCAGAUUCCGAACCUUGCUUCUUCAACUUUCUCAUAAGAUAGACACCUCCGCCCCCGCCGGUGGGUUCCGUCGUCGUCCGGUAUCUGAGCCGCCGCAGAGUUCCUCCAUUGCCGUGGUUCCGUACAGCUUCCGUUCCUUUGGUCUGUCGUCCCUCCUCAGAUCUUAUUGUCCCAGGGCAAAAUGGAUAUUUGGGUCCCUAUUGUCUCUCUUGGUACCUAGUUGGAAUAAAUGGCAAGCUCUUGAAGAUGAAGCGGAAAAGGUGAUCGAAGAGGCGGAGAAUGCAGCAGAAGUAGUAGAAAAGGUAGCGGAAUUAACAGAGAAGGUAUCAGCAGAAAUUGGGGAGACACUUCCUGAGAAGAGUAAGGUGAAAGAAGCAGCUGAAGUGGUAGAGAAGUAUUCCAAGGAAAUUGCCCAUCAUGCCCUCCUAGCACAACACAUCCUCCACAAGGUGGAAGAAUGGAAGCAAAAGCUAGACAAAUCAGAGGCAGAAGAAUAGUAAAUUAAUUAAAUUAAUAAAUGUUUUUAUUUAGUUUCUAUUUAAUAUAAUUUAUUAUAAUUUCUAUGUAAAAAAUAAAUAGAAUCCUCAAUAAAUUAAAAAAAAAUACUUUAUUUCCACACUAGACUGAAAUUCUAAAACUCAGAACUGAAUAAUCAUAAUCACAACAAAAAUCGAAUAAUAUAAAUUUAAUAAA